AGGACUUCCCGCUUGUCAGUGUACGGAAGGCGCCGCCUCGGUUGCGUGUGGGAACACUUACAGUAAAGCUUAUUGGCAUUUUGGACUUUUUGUAUGUUCGGUAAAAUGUAGGUGUACGCACACCAUCCCCGUACUUUCACACAGAGCGCCGAUUUGUAGAAGCGAAAAGAGGAGAGUGGGACCUCUGUUGAACGUCACCGGUCGACGAGACACCAAAAAGUGGCAGCCUAUUCUCUUUUUUUUCUUACUACUGUUGACUUAUUACUAUUUCUUCUCUCCUUCCUUCCACGUACGCAUCUACAGACACGCCCAACCUUUACUGUCUCGCCACCAUCAUGGCGGAGUUACACAUGAGCACGCCGUUCAACGCCUUCGACGUUUGCACGUGGUCAUCCUACAUUGAUCAGGAUGACCCCCGCAUGAUCUCUUAUGAUCUACGCGUGGAGCUUGAGAGGGCGUACGAAGUGUACCCUUACUCCGCCAAAUGCAGACAAGCCGUACUGAGAAGUGUGGUGCUGUGGGCAACCAUGUCGCGUACGCAGCGGCAGGUCAUCGCGUGGGACAACGACAUGAAUCUACGUCUCGGGCAGGCCCUCGUUCAACACAUGCUGGAUCUCACCGCAGAGCUGAAGGGCGUCAACACGGAUGAGAUCUACGCGGCCUUGCAGGCGGAGCAGCACCCUUUCCUAAAGAAGAUGCAUGAAAUCGAGCAGUCGAGGAAGACGCACGAGGGGGAGUGGAGUGGCCGCCACGACCGCGCCGCGGCAGCCAUCACCGAGGCAACGCGGAGCACCACAACCUACGCCCUCAGUCCUCUGCCGCUCGGGGAGGUGUCGCAGCGCAUGCCACAACGGGCGCCGACCGUGAUGGCCCCGUCGUUGGCGCGAGAGGAGUCGCUCGCCGCUGCCGCAUCCGAGCCGGCGAUUUUGCAGACGGUCGAUGCUGAGACGCCGCCACCGGCGUACACUUCACCAGGUGCGGAAAACGGGCGCUUCUCGAAGGCGGUGACGAAAGCGAUGGGCAGCAAGGAGACGGCGCAGCCCCCCAAGCCUGCUGCAGCUGCCACGGCAGAGCCAACUACCCGCCCGGUCAAGGUUGUUGCCGCCGCGCCUGCUGUGGAAAGUAAGACGGCGGCUGCGCGUCCCCCUCCGCCGCCUUUUGUUGCGGCUGUGAAUGCCACCAAGGCGAACGGCCAUGCCGCUCCGCCACCACCCUUCUCUAAAAAGAAGGAAGAAAGUGAACGUACCCCUGGUGUCUCUCUCCGUCCUCGACCCCCUCCACCACCACCAGCUCAACCAGCAGCACCAGCAGCGCCGAAGAACCCCGCGCCUUUGGUGCAGGCUGAAAAGGAGUUCGUGUACUCCGACUCGGAGGAAUUUCUCUCCUCUCGCUCCUCCAGUGCUGCGUCAGCGCCAGCACCCAAAACGGCAGCCGUCGCAGUGGCAGCGAAAAUGGCGGAGCCUCCUCCAUCGGUGCCAAGCCGCGGCGCUACAGCCCUCGCCACCGAGGCGGAGCUGCUGAAAUAUGGACACGACGGCACGGAGAACUUACUGCAAGCCUGCUUGGAUGAAAUGCCUGCUGAUCCGGACGGCGUGUCGGCGUGGACGGAGUUGAAGCUGGCGGUGACGGAGAAGGACAGAAAAAAACGCCUGCUCGCAGAGGCGCCGCCACCACUCCUGCUGGACAACAUCAAAUCCCGCAUGGAGGUGCGGGUGGUGAAGCGGCUGGAUCAACUUUUUCAAUACCUCUACGCGGACGCACCGCUGGAGCUGCUGCCGCACAACGAGGCGGCGGCGUUUCUCUCCGCCGCUGAUAUCGCUCAGCUCGCAGAUGUGGGGCUCAUUCGUCCCUCAAAGCGACCCGCAGGGCCGGACACGGUGAUUGCCUUCUCCGUGAUGGACGGGACUGAGCAGGAGACGACGCGGCGCUUUUUGUCAUGGCCGUGCGGAAGCAAUCGAAACGCGAUGGACGACGCCUAUGACCCGAAAGUCUCGCUGCACCACAUCUCGACCUACCUAAACGCGGUGAACGCCCCGGCGGGCUGUGCAGAGAGCUUGGCCGCGUGCUUCGAUCAGAUUUUGCUGCCCACCGACAUGCAGGAGCGCUUCGUCUUCACGGACGCGACGAGCAAGCGUUGGUGCCUGACGCGGCUGCCAAUGACGCACAUCGUUGCGGCGGAGAUCGUUCAAAUUCUCCUCUGUACUCUGUGCGGACAUCCGUCGUACACGCUGCCGAAGUUCGCCGCGGACUCGGCGGUGUUGGUGGAUGUCUGGGUGCGCCACGUGCGCUUCUACGGCGCACAGAAGGGCGUCCAGCAAUCGCGGGACAAGUUUCGUGCCGCCUGCAAGGAGUGCAGCGUCGCGCUGCAGCUCAACAAGGGCGGGGGCGGUGGUGUCUACACCUUCAUCGGGGUACACUUUGACCACACGGCACACACGGUGUGCGUGGAACCGGAGCUGCUCCGCCGCAUUGCCGCACCUCGUCGGCUCCUCAACACUCGUGAUUUGGAGCGGCAAUACACCCAGCUGCUCUUCAGUGCGGCGGUGCUGCAUAUCGCCGUCUCCAAGUUCUACACGCUUGCCCGAACUGUCUACUGGCGGCUCUCGCAGACGUUCGCAGAGGUGGAGCUGCUGCUGAAGCCGGAGCUACUCCCGCAGGACUCCUUCGCCCACCUCGAGAAGUGGCACAAAGACGCGUUGCACAACGCGCCGCGGUCCGUUGCAAAGGUGGCGCUGCCAAACAUGACCCUCUUCGUGGAGCUGUCGUUGGAGUCGUGGUUCGCGGUGUUGAUUGGCGAGGAGACGCAGGAGACGUGGACGAGCUACGGGUCGCUGGAGGAUAUGCUCGGCACCAAGAUCGCCUGCGCCUCCAUCACGAGAGCCAUCGAGCAGUUCCAGGAGUGUAUCGAAAAGGGUGCACACGUGACCAUAUUGAUCAUUGGUGGCAAGUCUCUUGGUCGGAACGACACGCCCAUCUUCAAGAACGAGUCGAAGGAUGUCAUCGCUGAUUGCAUCCGUACGCACCUCGUGACGCGCACCUUCUCUUUUGAGGUGAGGUACCUUGGAUUGGAGGCGUCCAAAGCCAACGGAUCGGCGGCUGCGGGGCAGAAACCCGCCGCAAAGGAGCAGAGGAAAGAGUAUGCACGAUAG